GUAUCAAAAACAGUGAGAGUGGAAGUAGGCUUUUCAAACCCUUGACCUGAACAGUGGAAGCCGAAAUCCAUUCCCAAAAAAGGAGAAGUCCGCAGUUGGCGAUUACGGCAACGCGCAACAUGGAUUGGACCGUAAGGUAAAAAUCAGUCACUUUGAUAGGCUAAUACAAACCACGGGAGUUGUUAGCGCGUGGGAAAUCUACCAUGGUCCUUCCUCUAUUUAAACAUAUGGUCUACAUGUAGUUUAGGUUCAUAUGAUAACGAUGAAAUAAAAAAAAAACACGAAACAGGAACCGCCGGAAACCGAGAGAAAAGCAGAGAAACGAAAAAAAAAAAAAGAGAAAGAAAAAGUUAAGAGAGUCUCUGAGUCUUGACCUCUUAAGAGAAGAGCUUCUAGAGAAAGACAGAGAGAGAGAGAGAGAGAGAGAGAGAGUUGAUGAAUCUACGUAUCUUAUCAAAGCUUUGAAGCCCCCAUGCUUUGAAUUUGAUUGGUGAAGGAGAAGGAAGCGAAAAUGGAGACGCCUCCAGCGGAGGAGCUUUUGAGGAAGAUUCAAGAACUGGAAGUGGGACAUGCGCAUCUCAAGCAAGAAAUGUCAAGGUUAAAACAAUCCGGUGGCGAGUCAAAGCCUGACUCUACUCGUCAAAGAUCCCACUCUACUUCCCCUCAACGCCCACGAUUCCCGGGGAACGCCGCGGCGCCGACGGCUUCUGCUUGGAAGAAAGGUUCAGGUUCGUUUCGGCAUUCGUCGCCGUUGCAAAGGGAGACCAAAAGCUGUGACACCGUAAAUGGCGGCGGCAGAGGCGGAGGAGGAGGAAAAACCGGGAAUAUCGGGCCAGCCGCCGUUAAUUUUACUAACGGCCAGUAUUUAAAUAUAUUACAGUCUAUGGGACAAUCUGUUCAUAUAUUUGAUCUUAGUGGCCGUAUAAUUUAUUGGAACCGAACUGCUGAAAAGCUUUAUGGUUAUUCAGCAGCAGAGGCGUUAGGGCAAGAUGCCAUUGAAUUUCUUGUUGAUCCUAGGGACUUUGCGGUUGCGCAUAAUAUAGUUCAUCGUGUUAUGAUGGGAGAGAGGUGGACUGGACAAUUUCCUCUUAAGAAUAAAAUGGGGGAUAGGUUUUUGGUUGUUGCAACUAAUACGCCUUUUUAUGAUGAUGAUGAUUCUUUGAUUGGAAUCAUUUGUGUAUCCUGUGAUUCGCGUCCUUUUGAAGAAAUGAGAGUUGCUUUGUCCGCUGAAAGGCAACCAGAAGGAGAUUCAACCUUUAGCUGGUCUAAAACUGCUGUUUCUGCUAAACUUGGUCUUGAUCCUCAGCAGCCUUUGCAAGCAGCAAUUGCUUCGAAAAUAACAAAUUUGGCAACCAAAGUGAGCAACAAAGUUAAGUCCAGAAUUAGGACAGGAGAGAAUUGUGCUGAUCGGGAAGUGGGAAGUGGAGAUAGUCAUCAUUCUGAUCACGGUUUCUCUGAUGCAGCUCUCUCCGAUCAUAAAGAAGAUGCAACUUCUAGUGGAGCCAGUACACCUAGGGGAGAUAUAUACCCAUCUGCCUUUGGUGUAUUUUCUCCUUUCGAGGAGAAGACCACAGUAAAACCCUCUAGAGAUUCUGGCGAUGAGAGUGAAGGAAAACCUGCAAUCCAAAAGAUUAUGACCUUAAUGGGUAAGAAAGGGAUAUCAUGGCCUUGGAAAGGGAAUGAUCGAGAAGGAUCAGAGGCAAGGGCUACACGUUUUGUGUGGCCUUGGUUGGGUAAUGAUCAAGAGAAUGAAGCAAUUCAACAGAAGAGCCCAUAUUCUGGUACAAAAUCUGAAGGCCAUGUUAAUGAAAGUAAUAGACCUGUCAAUAAUGAGGCAUCAGGUUCCUGGUCAUCCUCUGUUAAUGUUAACAGCACAAGCAGUGCCAGCAGCUGCGGGAGUACCAGCAGUAGUGCUGUUAAUAGAGUUGACAUGGACACUGAUUGUUUAGAUUACGAAAUCUUGUGGGAAGACUUGACAAUCGGAGAACAAAUUGGGCAAGGUUCUUGUGGAACUGUGUAUCAUGCUCUGUGGUAUGGAUCGGAUGUUGCUAUCAAGGUAUUCUCAAAGCAGGAAUAUUCAGAUGAUGUGAUACAUGCCUUUAGACAGGAGGUAUCUCUGAUGAAAAGACUUCGGCAUCCAAAUGUUCUGCUGUUCAUGGGAGCUGUGACUUCACCUCAACGUCUUUGCAUUGUUACAGAGUUCCUUCCACGUGGGAGUUUGUUUCGCUUACUACAGAGGAAUACUACCAAAUUAGAUUGGAGACGGCGUGUUCAUAUGGCUUUAGAUAUUGCACGAGGCAUGAAUUAUCUUCACCAUUUCAAUCCACCUAUCAUUCAUCGUGAUUUGAAAUCUUCAAAUCUCCUAGUUGAUAAGAAUUGGACUGUGAAGGUUGGUGAUUUUGGUUUGUCGCGUCUCAAGCACGAAACAUAUCUCACUACGAAGACUGGGAAAGGAACGCCUCAAUGGAUGGCGCCGGAAGUUCUUCGUAAUGAACCCUCAGAUGAGAAGUCCGAUGUUUAUAGUUUUGGAGUCAUAUUAUGGGAGCUUGCUACCGAGAAGAUACCUUGGGAUAAUCUCAACUCAAUGCAGGUGAUUGGAGCCGUAGGGUUCAUGAACCAACGGCUAGAGAUUCCAAAGGAAAUAGAUCCACGGUGGGCUUCUAUAAUGGAGAGUUGCUGGCACAGUGAUCCACAGUACCGGCCAACGUUCCAGGAACUACUGGACAAGCUUAGAGAUCUUCAAAGACAAUAUACCAUCCAAUUUCAGCAAGCCCGUAACUCAUCUGGAGAUGGCUCUCAAAAGGAAUCAUGAAUCAAAUGUGUGUGUUUUUGGUUCCAUUUUUGCAAAAGCUGUAGAACCAUGGGCAGUUUUUUUGCAAACGAUUACACGUCCAUUGCUGUUAGGCUGAUGGUUACCACAAAAUUGCCACUUUGACUUGUGGCAUUGGAAUCAAAAGCUCAGGCCAGACAUAGAAAGACAAAAGGAGGCAGUAUGUGACCUGCCCAAGUUUGACGGUGAUUGGUUGGUUGUGAGAUGUUUGUUAUAUUAUGACAUAAUAAUCUUCGAAAAUCUAUCAGUGGUGCUGUGUGAUUAGAGUGUUGUUGGGAUCAUGUCACCUGCAAUUUUUAAAUGAGAGCAUGUCAGGACCACUAAGUAAAGUUGUACAUAAUACACAAUCUGCAUUGGAGUAAACAGAGUGAGAUCAAUGUCUUGUCUUGCUUUGUUUCUUACAUACCAACUUAUAAUGGGAAUGCCUUGUUACUUCAAUAGUUA